GAGUAUGGGAAGAUUGAUUGCUUGGUUAACACUGCCGGGACGACAUAUCAUAAUAAGCCCACGCUGGACGUGACAGAAGAGGAAUCCAACCGCUGCUUCGACGUCAACGUCAAGGGUAUCUUUCAUGCUACGCAGAGCCUGAUACCAAUUUUCAAAGAGAAUCCGUCUAAAGAGUCCUCGAUUGUCAAUAUCGGCUCGGUAGGCGCUACCAGACCGCGCGCGAGACUCGUUUGGUAUAAUGCCUCCAAAAAAGCUGUGUGCAAUGUAACGAAAGGUCUAGCCGCUGAAUAUGGACCGUUCGGUAUUCGGGUUAACUCUGUAUGUCCGCUUCUGGGCGUGACUGGCCUAUUCAAAGCAUUCACAGGUGUCGAGGACACGCCAGCGAACAUGGCCAAUUUCACGAGUAACGUGCCCCUGGGCCGAUUAUGCGAGGCCGUGGAUGUCGCCAACGCGUGCUUGUUCCUGGCUAGCGAUGAGUCGCGAUUUAUCAUGGGGAUUAAUUUGGAGGUUGAUGGGGGGAGAGCUAUAUAG